CGGACUCACCCUGGUUCUGCUCCCGGGUGUGUCGGAGUGCCUACCUGUGGAGGAGGCUCCAGGAGCAGAGCGGAAGUGGAUCCAAUCAGCCAACACGGAGCCGCGGAAAAAAAGGGGAAAGCUCCAUGAACGGAACAUGGUCACCCGCCAGAAAGAGGAAGGUGAAACCUCGUUGGUGGGGGAAAUUGCGAAUUAUGCGCGUUUUGAAAGAACAGCGGAAAAUCAGGCUUUCUAAACCCAAACACACACAGACAGACAGAGAGAAUCUACGGAGCAACUUGUACGCUUGGAAGACGCGUUGAAGCGAAUUUUCCACCAGUGAGGGAGGGAUUCCUUUCACCGUCUCAAUCAGGUGCAGAGGUCCAGGACAGUAUGUGGCUGCUGGUCCUUCAGCUGAUCUGCGCUGCCUUCUACCUACAGCCAGCAACAUGUCACCCAUCAUGCCAGAUACGGGGACAAAUAGCCUACUGCUCCGCCAAGAACCUCACCAGGGUCCCUGUUCUGCCUCCCAACAUCACCCAUUUAUAUUUGGAUGUAAACUUCAUCCAUGAGAUAGACAAGACUUCUCUCAGAGACUUCGAGGAACUCCAGGAAUUAGACCUGGGAAGCCAGAAAGUAAGCCUCACCAUUAGGAACGACUCCUUCCUCAGGCAGAGAAAGUUGACCAGACUGGUUCUCGGAGACAAUGUUGGCCUUAAGCUGGAGCCGCGGGCGUUCGCCGGGCUGGUCAGGUUAAGAGACCUCUGGCUGGAUUACUGCUCUUUGACUGACUCCAUACUGGCAGAAAACUACCUGGAGUCACUUCUGUCAUUGGAAAAGCUCAACCUCUCCGGGAACAAAAUAGUGAGACUCAAUCCGGGUCAGUUCUUUUGGAAUCUCACAAAGUUCUCACAGUUAAUUCUUGAGCUGAAUCCCCUUGAGAAAAUAUGCGAGAAAGACUUAGUUGGCUUCCAGGGGAAAUCAUUUUACCUCCUGAACUUGCGGUCGAACAGUUUCUUCAGAUCUGACGUUGACUGGAAGGACUGCGGAAACCCUUUCAAAGGGAUGGCCUUCAAUAUCCUUGAUAUCUCAGGAAGUGGAAUGAAUUUGGAGACAUUAAAAUUGUUUUUCAGAGCAAUCAGGGGGACUCCAAUUGCUCAUCUUAAAUGUUCUGGAAGUCAUGGAAAAGACUUUUCCUAUAACAACCUGCCUGACCCAGACAAAGACACUUUUCAAGGCCUCGAAGAGAGUUCAGUUGUUCAUUUAGAUCUAUCAGGGAGCAAGAUUUUUGCUUUAAAGACUGGAGUCUUUAGAGCUCUGAAAGACGUGCAGAUGAUUGAUAUCUCCCAGAAUAAGAUCAACUUUAUUGAGACAAACGCCUUCAUUGGUCUGCAGAGGAACCUGCUACAUCUCAACCUGUCAUCCAAUCUGUUAGGAGAGAUCCGCUCCGACACCUUCAGGACUCUGACAAACCUUCUCAUUUUGGACUUGUCUAACAACCACAUUGGUGUUCUUGGAGACAAGGCCUUCAGUGGUCUUCCCGAGUUACAGCAUUUACAUCUGAAAGGAAACUCUCUGCGACAGCUAGCAUCUCCUGCGCCGCUACCGAAUUUACAGUUCCUCCUCCUACAAGACAAUAAGUUGACUUCCAUCAGCAGCAUUGUUAGCUUGUGGAACAGCAGUGUCUAUUUAGAUAUUUCAGAAAACAGAUUCACAAACCUGGAGGACAUUUAUGUCAUUUUAACUCAUUUCAAGCAUCUGCUGUACUUUUUGUACGGGGGCAACACCAUUUUGUGGUGCACUAUAAAUACAGGGGUCUCCAUGCCUCCUGGUAAUAGUUUGGCUUUGUUGGACCUUCAUGGCAGUUCCCUCCAGAUCUCUUGGGCAAAGGGGCAAUGCCUGGACAUAUUUGAUAAUUUUCAGAAUCUGAUUGGUUUAAAUAUCAGCCUCAAUUCCCUUAUGACCCUUCCUCAUGGGAUAUUCAGGGGUCUCACCUCGAUUAGAAAUAUCGACCUUUCGUCCAAUGCCUUGACCUAUCUGGAGGCCAAUGUAUUCCCAGCCAGCGUAAAAUCGCUCUACCUCUCAAACAACUUCCUAGCCUCUCCUGAUCCCAUGACUUUCCACUCGCUCAGCACCCUCGACCUUUCAGGAAAUCGGUUCCACUGUGAUUGCGCUCUGGAGGGCUUCCUGAAGUGGCUGAACACGACCAAUGUGACUUUCCUGAGCCCGGCUCAGGAAUACAGAUGUGAGUUCCCAGCUUCUGUCCACAAUCUUCCCCUAUUGGAGUUUUCCACCAAAAUGGAGUCAUGUGAAGAUGAGGAAAAAGACGUUCAGGCUUUUCAGUUGGCUCUUUUCAUCUGCUCCGCCAUUCUUGUCUUCAGCCUUGUACUCAGCGGGAUUGUUUACGCCCGCCUACGAGGGCAAAUAUUCAUUAUCUACAAAAAGAUCAUCAACAGGGUUCUUGAAGGACCCAAACCGCCUGCCCAAGAAAAUAACUGGCAAUACGAUGCCUUUCUGUGCUUCAGCAACAGCGACUACAGGUGGGUGGAGGCCGCCUUGCUGAAGAAGCUAGACAACCAGUUUGCAGAAGAGAACUUGUUCCACUGUUGCUUCGAAGCUAGAGACUUUCUACCUGGGGAGGAUCAUCUGUCAAACAUCAGGGAUGCCAUUUGGGGAAGCAGGAAGACCUUGUGCAUCGUCUCCAAGGAGUUCCUCAAAGAUGGCUGGUGUUUGGAGGCGUUCACUUUAGCCCAGGGCCGCAUGUUAGAGGAGCUGACCAACGUCCUGGUUAUGAUGGUGGUAGGGAAGGUUGCUCACUACCAGCUGAUGAAGUGCAAUGCAGUCAGAGCCUUUGUCCAGAGGAGAGAGUACCUCACCUGGCCUGAGGACCCUCAGGACCUGGAGUGGUUCUAUGAGCGGCUUGUCUCGCUGAUCCUCACAGACACCAAGGUGAAGAAGUUUGCUGAGGACAAGCCUAAGGUUGUGAAGACAGAUUGUCAACCUCCUGCUCAAGACAUGAUUCCACUUGAGAACAUCAGAGUCGUUGCCAACUAAAGCCUCAACAGGGAAGUCCAUUAAUGUGAAGGAAGCCAACGAAGGCAGACUCUACUCACUCUGCACAAGUCAUAGUCACCAGUCCAUAAUCGGGGACAUUGAGUGUAAUACUGUGAACAGUGUGGUGCAGGUUGUGUGCUGCGUUUUUAGUCAAAACGUUCAAUCAGAAUGUGACCUGCGGAGAGAAGACGUGUUCAGUGUUUAACUUGGUGGUGGAGUUGUAAGGAGUUGUCUGUGGUGCUGAGGAGUUCAUUACCAGUGAUCAGUAGCAAUGUUAUACAUAUAUACAUAAAUUUGUUGGAAGAUGUAGUUCUUCCUUUUUUUUUUUUUUGUAAGUCAGCUCUACUGGUAUUCAAUUAUAUACCAGUGGGAUGUAAAUACUACUGAUUUUGGGGGGAAUUUUUGUAAAGCACUGGGGUUUGACUUUCUGUGUUGUGUGAUGGAGCUUUCAUCAGAAUCCAAUGUACUGUGAAUAAAUUAUAAUUUAGUUUGAUUUAUCAAAAUAUUUAACAUUUUAUUAUUAUAAUUUAAAUGAAUGGAAAAAUUAUUACAAGCUUAAUGGAAAUGGAUUUUAAAUGACACCUGGCAAAAUAAAGACACAUAAUAAACAUUU